AAUCUCGGGUGUUGAGUUGUAGCGUUUCCUUUUUGACUGCUCGACUCUAGUCGAGUAAUUGUACUCUCAACCGCAUUCAAUCAUCACCUCUCCAACUUAAAACUAGCACUGAGCAAGCAAAUUAAGGCAGCUUCUAAACCGUCCGUUAAAGAUGGCGUCUUUAACCAUCCUGCACGCCAAUGCUUAUGUUCUCUGCUGUAUUCCGUACUCUCCUUCCCGUCUUGAAUUCAAAUUUCCCGCUAAAUCACAACGGUCUUCUCUUCCAACGGUUAAGUUUCGAGCCAAAACUCUCCAAGCUUGCACUCUUCCAACUACUGGCGAUGGUGAUUCUGGCGAGAAUCGUGACUGGGUUUCUAAUAGAAGGAAAAUCCUUAUCUGUGUAUCCGUAUUACCGUUUCUAUUUCGUCUUAGUGCUAAGGGAACUGAGUUGGAUAAUACUAUGUACGCGCUCAUGAAGGAAGAAUUAAGGAAGGUGGUGUCCAAAGGCAAAGCGGCCGGUGUACUUCGGCUUGUUUUUCAUGAUGCAGGAACUUUUGAAAUGGAUGGGAAUUCAGGGGGUAUGAAUGGUUCUAUAGUUUUUGAACUUGAUAGACCCGAAAAUGCAGGUUUAAAGAAAUCUCUGAAGAUUCUUGAGAAAGCUAAGAGGGAAGUCGAUGCAAUACAACCAGUAUCAUGGGCAGACAUGAUUGCUGUGGCUGGAGCUGAAGCUGUUUCAGUUUGUGGAGGUCCAACAAUUCCAGUUACAUUGGGCAGACUAGACUCAGUGGAUGUAGAUACUGAAGGCAAACUUCCUGAAGAGUCUUUGGAUGCUUCCGCGUUGAAGCAAUGUUUUCAAAGAAAGGGUUUAUCAACACAAGAACUUGUUGCGUUGUCUGGAGCUCAUACUCUUGGGAGUAAAGGGUUUGGGAAUCCAACUGUUUUCGACAAUUCUUACUAUAAAAUUCUUCUGGAAAAGCCAUGGAUGUCCUCAGGUGGAAUGUCAAGCAUGAUUGGCCUUCCUUCAGAUCGUGCACUUGUUGAGGAUAAUGAAUGCUUAAGAUGGAUCAAAAAGUAUGCUGACAAUCAGAACACGUUCUUUGAAGAUUUCAAGAAUGCAUACAUCAAACUUGUGAAUACUGGUGCAAGAUGGAAAAGCUUGUGAUGAUACCUUCUCAAGACUUUUUCUUUCUUUUCAUUAGAAUUUGGUUGUACCUAGGGAAAAGAAAUAAUUGGAAUGGGCGCCCCACUGCUCUUGUGCAUCAGAAUUUCAACAGCUUUCUUUUGAAAUAAAAGAUAUACACCAGUCCAAUUUUCUCAAGAGGAUCACUAAAUCCAUGUCUCAUUGUCUCUAA